AUGUCUUACAACGGCGCCUCGUCUUCAUCUCAGUCAACAUCAGCAGCCGCCCUACUCUUAGGCCGGCAGCUUAAACAGAUGCAGAGAGACAACAAUCCAAGGUUCUCAGUUGGUCUAGUCAACGACUCCAACCUUUUCGAAUGGAAUGUCAUGCUUAUGAUCGACGACGAUGUAAAAUUCUACGGUGGCGCCAACUUCCGAGCCCGUCUCUCCUUUCCCCCGACAUACCCUCAUCUUCCACCGAGCAUGACGUUUCAGAAGCCGAUACCUUUCCACCCAAACAUUUACGAUAACGGUGUGCUCUGCAUCAGCAUCCUCCACCCGCCCGAAGAAGAUAAGUAUGGUUACGAGGCAGCAUCGGAGCGCUGGAGCCCUGUACAAACUCCCGAGACAAUACUGCUGAGCGUCAUCAGUUUGUUUUCUGAUUUGAACGUUGAAAGCCCGGCCAACGUCGAGGCGGCAAGGUUGCUCAGGGAAGACCCAAAAGAGUUCAGGAAAAUCGUAAGGAAAUGUGUUCGUGAGAGUACGGGAGAGGACUUAUAG